AUGGAAGGCCGUGACGUCGAGAUCCCUCAGUACUUCCUCUGUCCAAUAUCCCUGCAGCUCAUGAGGGAUCCCGUGACGACCGUGACGGGCAUCACCUACGAGCGCGAGAGCAUUGAGAAGUGGCUGUCCAAGUCCUCCAGCAGCGGCCUGGCCACGUGCCCCGUCACCAACCAGCCGCUGCCGAGGGAUUCCGGCCUCACCCCGAACCACACGCUCCUCCGGCUCAUCCAGGCGUGGUGCGUCGGCAACGCAAAGAAUGGGGUCGACCAGAUCCCGACCCCAAAGUCGCCCCUCGACAGGGGUCGCGUCCGGAAGCUUGUGAAGGAGCUCGCGGCCGAGCACUCGAUCGUCGAGGUGAUGAAGGAAUUGAAAGGACUGGUGGAGGAGAGCGAGCGGAACCGGGCGUGCAUGGUCGAGGCUGGGGUGGCUAAUGCGAUGGUAGAAGCCAUAAUAAAGUGCUUCAGGCAAAGCGACACAACGUGCCUCGGCGAGGCUUUGAGGAUCCUCCAUUCGAUAUGGAGCCCCACGGCAGAACUCAAGGAUCUUGUCAAGGAAAAUUGCUACUUCGUCGAUUCGUUGGCAUGGGCGCUGCAUUUCCGAACAGGCUAUAACGGCGUUGAAUCGAAGACUCACGCGUUGGCUAUAAUGAAAAACGUGAUGGAGAUCGCGAAUGUUAGCUUAAAAGAGAGAUUGAAGCUCGACCUCUUCAAGAGUUUAGUGAAGAUAUUGAGAGACACGAGGAUGUCUCAACAAGGUAUCAAAUCAGCGCUGCUAGUCCUCAUCGAAGCAUGCCCUUUGGGGCGGAACCGGCAUAAGAUGAUCGAGGCCGGGGUGAUCUUUGAGCUUGUGGAGCUCGAGCUUGGGAAGCCUGAGAAGCGGGUCAGCGAGCUGGCCUUCAACCUCUUAGCCCAGCUAUGCUCCUGCGCCGACGGGAGGGCACAGCUCCUGAGGCACGCAGGAGGGAUCGCGAUGAUCACCAAGCGGACGCUCCGAGUCUCACCGGCCGUGGACGACAAGGCGUUGCAGGUCCUUGCGCUCGUGUCCAAGUUCUCGCCGACAGGCGAGGUCGUGAUGGAGAUGCUCAGGGUCGGCGCGGUGUCGAAGCUGUGCAUGGUGCUGCAAGCGGACUGCCCGGCGUACCUGAAGAGCAAAGCGAGGGCGGUCCUCAGGAUGCACUCCAACGUGUGGAACAAUUCACCUUGUAUUCAAGUGUAUCUAUUAACAAGGUAUCCUAGGUAG